ACACACACACACACGUCGCCGGUAAAAAAAAAAAUGCCGUCUCCGAAAGCCAAAAACAACGGGGGGCGAAGCAGCAGCAGUAGUCCCAGCAGCGUGGGCAGCAACAACGGGCGGUACGAGUUCAUGUCCCUGAGCCGGACUCCCCCGCCGCACCUUCUGCAGAGACAGGGCUCCGAUCCGACGUGCGCGCGCCUCCGCGCCUCCGAGAGCCCGACGCGCCGCCGCGGCUCGGCCUCCUCCUCCGGCGGGCCCUCGUCCUCGGGCGCCGGAGCAGCGCAGCAGAUGCCGGAGGAGGACUGCAUGCGCCUGAACCCGUCCUUGGUGGGCAUUGCGCUCAGCUCCCUGCUCGCCGUCGACCUGUGGCUCUCCAAGCGCCUCGGGGUGUGCGCCUGCGAGGACUCGUCCUGGGGCAGCGUGCGGCCGCUCAUGAAGCUCGUGGAGAUCUCGGGCCACGGCAUCCCCUGGCUGGCCGGCGUCCUCUACUGCCUCUACAAGAGUGACAGCGCAGCCGGCCAGGAGGUCAUGCUCAACCUCCUCAUGGCCCUCAUCCUUGACCUUGUGCUGGUUGGGGUGGUGAAGGCCAUCGUGCGCCGCCGCCGUCCCUCCCACAAUCGCAUGGACAUGUUCGCCACCUUCUCCGUGGACCGCUACUCCUUCCCAUCAGGCCAUGCCACACGAGCUGCCCUCUGUGCCCGCUUCCUGCUCGCUCACUUGGUACUGGCCGCCCCACUCCGAGUGCUGGUGCUGCUGUGGGCCGUGCUGGUGGGCCUCUCGCGCGUGCUGUUAGGUCGCCACAACGUAACAGACGUGGCCUUUGGCUUCGGCAUGGGCUACUGCCAGUACAACCUAGUGGAAGCGCUCUGGGUAUCACCAGUGGGACUGCAAGGCAUGCUGGGACUUUGGAACUAAGGAAAAUGCGUGAUUUGAGGGAUUUAAUGAGGAGCAAUAAGUGAUAGGGAUACAGUCGGCUAUUCGCAUCACUGUGCAUUUUAGUCCUGUCUGCUAAACACAACUGAUAAAAACACUGCAUAAAAAAUGGCUGCACUGUCGUGUUAUAUAUAAAUACUGUAAUUAUUGAUGUUAUGAAGAAUUUUUUGUGUACGUGUCUAUCUGUUUGCGUGGGUUAUUACCAUUAUAAUUACGUAAAGCACUGGGUCCGUAAAGCUUUUCACGGGUUCAAUAUUACACCAGAGUUGGAAAUGAUGAGCUCAUGGGCGCUGCUUUGUUAUACUUCAGCUUUCUGAUUGGAAAGCUAUGUUGAGUCAGUGUGCUGCAUUUUAAUAACACUUUAAUUCUAAUAAUAUUGAAUGUGACCAUUUGAAUUAAGGUAAUCAUGGGACUGAUGACUAAUGAAGGGGCCACUUUAGAAUGCAGUCCUGCUUACUUUGCUGAAUUUUGUGUGCUGUAGUUCUAGUUAGUUUGAAGCAGACUGCCUUUCCUUUUUUUUCGUAGGUUAUUAUAUUUUCUAUGAUGUUGAAUUAUUUUUAGUAUUUCUGUUCUCUGGUGAAGUAUGUUAUUGUGAGUUUUUACUGGGG